CUUUUAUAGUUUAUUUGAGAAGAAAUAUAUAUUUGAUUUUGAUAAAAACUAACUAAGGCAAAAUGGGUGCUUCUGGUAUUGAGAUUGCCUCCACUAUUUGUAUUGCAAUUGGAUGUCUCCUGACAUGCAUUUCAGUAGGAAUUCCAUACUGGGAGAAGAAUGAUCCUGAAGAUACCGUCAAUGAUAACAUCAUAAGGCAUAAAGGAAUAUGGGUGAAAUGUGUGACUUAUUCCACCGGAAACUGGGAAUGUGAUGAUUUCAACAAAUUUUUUCUUGGACUUCCAGCUAUGUUGCAAGCAGCUAGGGGUUUUGGUGUGACCGCUAUAUUACUUGGAAUUGCCGCAACAGCUACAAUUGUUUUGGGAAUGGAUAGUGUACCAUGUGGAUCUGACAAUAAGCACAUGAAGAGACGUAUCCGCAUGGUGGCAGGCGCGAUGUCAAUUGUUGGAGGAUUCUGUAUCAUUGCUGCUGCUUCGUGGUACGCGAAUCAAAUCAGACUCGAAUACGAUGUGGAAACGGCAAGAAAACUAGGUGGAUCCAAUGUCACUAGGAAUGUGUUCGGAGAAGCAUUGUUUCUGGGUUGGGCAGGAGGAGCCCUGCUUUUCCUUGGAGGAUUGUUGGCUAUCUGUACAUCUUGUGACGACAGCGAAGACGACCACCAUUCCAGAGGAUAUGCUUACAGACCACCCGCUACAAAACAUAGUCAAGAAUACGUGUAGAGCGCAAAUUUUAUGACCUCAAUGGUGCUGGUUGAACAAUAAAUGAACUAUUGAAGAAGUCCGGGAUUUUUUGCAGUUUUUACAAUGCACAUAGACAUUAGUAUUAGCUACACCUCUAUUCAAAUAUGGAAUGUAAAUUAUAAGCAAAUUUAAUGUUAUAUUUCUGUUUUAUGGAAAUCGGUAUUCCGUGUAUAGGAAUAAAACCAACAUUGAAAAAGCAUACCGUUUAAUUAUUAAAACUGCAUUUCGAAUACUAUUUAAUAUAUUCUUUUGUUUAACGACUUAUGAAAAUGCAUCGCUGAGGUUUGCGGUUUGCUCAUCUGGUACUCAUGCUGACAGAGGAAAUUAAUAGAGGAUCGUGUUGAUUACUCGUAAUCCGAUACUGAAAUGGCAUCAUGAGUCUUCGAUGUAACUUCAAGCUGAGCGUUCCCUUGGCUACUUUGCACACCAGCACUCAAACUGCUGAACCAUACGGUAUUUCAGCCAGCCUUGGUAGACUUUGCUUAGUUCAUUUUACUUCCCAGACUAUUACUUCCCAUAAUUAAUUUGCCCCAAUUUUAAGAAUUUGUUUCGUGUUUUCUUGUACGAUAUAUCAUUCAUUUGCUCUUUGAUUACUUAAAUAAAUAAAAGGAGUUUUCCACAUCA